UAGGGAAAAUUGGAUAAAUAGGACACUUUGAACUUGGAUUUGUCACAUUAGGAUUUCUAGAAGAUAUUUUAGGAAAAUAGGAUUUUAGAUCUUGUAAAAUACCAAAGUACCCUUAAUUUACCAAUUAUGUUGAAUUUAAAUUAUAAAUUAUAAUAAUUUUCGUAAUAGAUUUUAAUGUUAAAAUUAAAAUCUAUAAAAAUUAAAAAAUAAAAAAAACACUAAAUGGGAAAAAAGGAGACGCGGGAUGCCGCAAACCUAAUUCCCCUUUCUCUUUGUCUUCUCCGUCGUAGACUCGUCGCUCUCCCACGGCGAUUUAGGGUUCAACGGUGAGAAGCUCUGUUCUUCGUCGGUGUUUCAUCAGCCCGUGGUCUCUACUCUCGUCUCCGUCACCAUCCUUUUCGAUCUCACUGAAGACACAACGGCUGCGAAUCGUUCUUCCUCUUCGUCGGGUCAAAUCGAUUUUCGAAGUGUUCUUCCAUCAAUUUCGCCUCUCAAUCUCACAAUUCUUCACAGAAGCUAUGUCUGAGGAGCUACCGAAGAGGCUUUUUAAGGAGGGCGAGGAGCCCCGAGUUACUCAGAUCAACAACAACUGCAGGAUCGACUACAUAAUCCGAAAGUUCCAAGCGUGGCUGCCAAAGGAGUUGGAUGUCGUGAAGAAAGACCCGGUUUUUCAUCAGAUUUUUAAGCUCCAUGAGAAUGGUCUUGGAUACUCUGCGAGGGUGAUACACAGCUUCUUGUGUAGGGAGCUGGUGACUUUCUUACAGCACGAGCUAUGGUUUGUCUUUGCGAGGAGACCGCUUCGAUUCUCAUUGCAAGAGUUCCACGCCGUAACCGGGUUUGAAUGCGAUACUCACAUUUCGAUUGAGGAGUUUGAAGAGUGGAAAUAUGAUGGUGGUUUCUGGAGCAAGGUUUUGAGGAGAAAAGAUGGAACAAUUACACUCUUCAACCUGUGGACUAAGGACAAGGAAGCUGUAAAGAAAUGGAAGAAUGCAGAUCGCAUACGUCUUAUCUACUUGGCGAUCAUUCUUUGUGUGGUAUUGGCGAGAGAUGAGAAGGCUAAUAUCCCCCUGAAGUACAUCGCGGUGGUCAUGGAUCUUGACAGAGUUCGAAGGUAUCCUUGGGGAGUUGCUGCUUAUGACCUUCUCUGCAAAUCCAUAGCCAAAAAUCGUUCCCAACUGAAGGAAAAGACCACUAGCUAUGUCUUGGAUGGCUUCUCAUACGCCUUGCAGAUUUGGGCAAUGGAAGCGGUGCCAAAAAUCGGGAAGCUUUGUGGAAAAAAGCUGGAUAAGGGUUUCAAGGACGGUCCUAGAUGCAUAAACUGGAUGGGAGCUGCGAAGGUGUCAUAUGAGGAGAUCAUUCGCUUGGAGGAGAUUAUUACACCCAAGGAUGACAUCUACCCAUACAUCUCAUGGACAGGAAAUUAUGAUGUUGUCAAAGCUCAGGCGUUUCGCAGAGAUGAUGAUGUGGAGGAUGACAGAAUCAAGGUUCUGAUGGAGAUGAUAAAGAAGGGGCAUGAUUUUAGUGAGCAUGUUUGGGAAACUGAAGAAAAUGAAGUGAUUUCUUUAUCUCUCGAUGACGAAUCAGCUGUGAAUGAUGAAGCAAGCGUGAAUGUUGAAGCAGCCGAGAGUGAUGACGACUUUCAGACUCCGAAAGGAUCAAAAAACGUUGGUUCUAGAUCAAAGAGGGGUAAAAAGAGGCUUCCCGAUCGUGGUAUGGAGAAGAGAAAGCAUAAGGUUCUCGCAAGUGGCGCAAAGCAAGCUCCUUUUAAUGAAGACAUGAAGGCUUUUAUGACACAGUUGUUUGAGCACAACUUCUCUGGAAUGGAACAAAGGAUACAGAAACAGAUGGCCGAGACAUUUGAGCAGAUGCGGACAGAGCUUAAACAAUCACGUAAGGAAGCCAGCGUUGAAGUUGAGCUUGGAGAGCCUUCACCGACAAAGCCAUCGACGAGCCAGGCACCGUUGAGGAGGUCCACACGCGGGGAUGGUUCCGAGACUACAUUCGAUGUGAAUUAUAGUGAAGCAGAUGAUUUGGGUCGCGGGAUAGGUACACAAGGGGUUGAAGGGCUUUCUCAGACGUCGUAUGUGCCAGGCUUUGAUCCAUCUCAGGACAAAAAAGAAGAAGACUGGUGGACUCCAAUGACUUCGGUCCGAGGUUCAGUGGAUAAUCCAGUAAAGAAAGAAAAGACAGAGAUGAAUACAGCUCCACCGCCGUCACAGUGGGAGAAAUGGUGCAAAAGAAAAGGUCAUGGACUUCAGCUUAGCGAUUCACCAUUGCCAGAAGAUGCUUCUCCGCAGGCGUCACUUUAUUAUAUCUCCGAAGAGUCAUGGAAAGGAUUCACGGAAUGGGCAUUAAAGCCUAUACCUUUAACAAUUGGUCCUACAUGCUUUAAUUUGUCUGUAGCUACAAGAGUAGUAAGUGCUGGAAAAUGGCUUGGAAACGAGGUAAUGAAUCUUGUACUAACCUUUAGUGAAUUUAUCUUCCUAACACUUCUUAUAUGCUAUAUUACUUAACUUUCAUUGUAAAUUUUUAGGAGAUGGAUGCGGUUAUGUUUAUAUGGCGUGUGAACACUACAUUGAAUCGUUGGGCCCCUCGGCGUGUUGCUUUCAUGAGUGCUAUGUUUUGCCUCCAAGUAGACGCUGCAUACAAGAAGUUUUUACCAAACAAAAAAGCCUAUCAAUUGCCUGAUUUCCUUCUUGGGUACGGCAGAGGAGAGCUUCCAUCUCAUGGGCGGACUGAUCUAGUUUGGGGUGUUGAUGUUGAUCGACUCUACUUUCCUCUGUUUGUAAAUGGUAACCAUUCAGUUCUUUUUACAUCCUAGUAUACAUUUCUUCGUUUACAAAUUUUUGUGGACACGAACGCAGGUAAUCACUGGGUUGGUGUCUGUGUAAACAUCAUUGAAAGAAAAGUAGAAGUCUUUGAUUGCGGUCGGGGAAAGAACAGACAGUACGUUGAGAAGUUUGCUGCUAUCAUUCCUAGGAUUGUGAAGUCCGUUGCACCACAAGAAAGACAGAAGCAGCUACUCCUCUCAUCAUAUUCUAUCGUGGAUGUGCCUAUGAAGUUGAGAUUGAAUAAAAGUUGUUGUGAUUGCGGUGCAUACGCUUUGAAGCACUUGGAAUGCUCGCUGCUUGGUCUUGACGUCAGUUUAGUGGAUGAUGAAAUCAUUAUGGGUUGUAGACAGAAGAUUGGAGUGGACUUAUGGGAGGCUGCACACGACCCCAUCUUUGCUGAGGUUAUGACACGAUAU